UGGGGAUGCAGAUCAGUGUGAUUUCGUAGCAAACCAAAUGAAGUUGCUUAGAUAGCUUUAAAUUAGUACUUAGCCUGUGUUGAAAUUUGGGGCGCAUCUAGAAAGUAUGGGACAGGGAAAGAAAACUAGAGCAACGGCAUCCUGGGCGGACGCAGCAUAUUGGGGUGACGAAGACGAGGGCAAGAGCGGAGGCUUUGGUCGAACCACUGAGGUGUCACAAUCAUCUGAGAAUGUUGCCAAGCCCACGAACAAAAAAAGUAAGGAUAAGAAGAAAGGGCGGGAGCUUGUGGACAAGCGGCUCAGCGUUGGUGGUUUCCAGCUGAGAAGAGAAGAGGCAGAUGGUGCGGUGGCGUCGACGAGUAAAGAGGCGCCAGGUGGAGUUGAGGAGCAGCUCUGGAAUGCUGUGCAAAAAGGCAAGGGGAAGAUCUAUCGCAGGGCGGAGGAAAAAGUAAAAGUGGGCACAGCGAUGUCACCGGCGCUUGUGGAGAUGUUUGCGGGGAGCUUCAGCCUCGACGUAGUAGAGACGGUAUUUGAGUCCACAGGACACGACACGGAAGCGACCGUGAAAGCCCUUCUGGGCAUGGCCACAGAUGCACAGCCAGCGAAUCUGCCUCCGGUAGCGGAUACAAGCGGAGACGGGGCAAGUAGUAGCAGAGCCCCUGAAGCGUCCGGGGGGCCAUUGGUGGAGUCCCCUCCUACGUGGGACAGCCUCCCAGAAGAGUGCAAGCAGCUGGUUUUGGAGCGCCUAAGCCCGUUGGAUGCCGCUCGGGCUGCGCGGGUCUGUCGGGAUUUUGCAGCCUUCGUGCGGACGCUCCGCGCGAAGACCACCGCUCUCGCCAUUCCUGCAGCCCUCACCAACAUCGAGCACAUUAUGUCAUUCCUGCGCGCAUUCCCCAACUUUACUUCCCUCAGCUUCCGAAAAUGCCGAAACACCCUCCCUCCCCCCGUGCGGUGGAGCAUCUUCCACCGACUUCACGUGCAAAACGACCGGCCCGAGGGCGCGAAACCGAUUCGCUCAAUCGACUUCGGAGGGAUCACAAACGUUGACUCGUUCGACGUACACGUGCUGUGCCAGAACCGGGACUUGUCACACCUAGACCUGUCGAAUACGAACAUAGAUGACGCGGCUCUGAAGGGCUUAGCGCGAUUUCCAAGUCUUCUUCCCCCCCUGUCCUUCCCCUCUUCCCAGUCGGCCCGAGAAGACACUCUUGGACUGAGGAGCUUAAACCUUGCGGGCUGUUUGUGGGUUACGGACGCGGGGCUUGAGCCGGUGGUAACAAGGCCCGAAACGAAACGGACGCUUGACGUUUUGGACAUCUCGAAAUGCAUUUCGGUCACCCGGGGGGCCGUGACGCAUGCGGCGGUGCGAGUGCUGACAGCCGUGGGGGUCACGUGGGAGCGUUUCGUGGCCACGCAUGGGCCGGAGAAACGUCUGCAGGAGCUCAACCUGGCCCAGUCCACCAAGCUCGCCGAAGUCAGCAUCUCAUCCUCGCACCUCGUCUCCCUCAACCUCUCCGGUUGCUCCGCCCUGACCAAGCUCGACCUGCGGUGCCCGAACCUAGAAACGCUGAAGCUGGCUCAGUGCACCGCUCUCGAGGAGUUUGGGGAGAUAGUGUGUCCUGCAUUGAAGAAGCUGAGCGUUCUCCAAUGCCGACAGCUGACGUCCGAAGCGCUCUCGGACGUCCUGGCGGGUGCUCCCCUGCUGGAAGAGCUCAAUUGCAGCGGCUGCGCUGCACUCUUCCGCCUCGACCUGGCCGCCAACAGCGUGCUGACGAAGCUCGACGUCAGCGGGUGCAACCGCCUGGGCCGUUUGACCAUAAUGUCCCCCGCUCUAGUUGUUCUGAACGCCCGGGGUUGCAGCCAGCUGGCGGAGCUCAGGGCCGACUCGGAACAAGUGGAGGAACUGCUGCUGAACAACUGCAGAGCACUGCGAGAACUUCAUCUGCGCGUGCUUGCUGCGUUAUCCACCCGUCGCGAAGUAGGCAUGGAGGCGCAGCGCUUGAAGAUAGACGCGCGCGGCUGCGACUCGUUACCUGCACCGGUCCUUCAAUGGCUGAUUGACAUUAGCAGGAAGAAAAGCGCAUGAUGCAGUUGAUUUAGUGUUUAUGAAACGUGAGGUGCGUUGCCUCUUGACGGAAAGGAGCGUAGUGAAAGCGUGCUUUAGAGGUUUCUAGUCAUCAAGUUGCGUCGCGUCCCGGAGUCCCGGCUGCUCAAUCUUUCUUUGAGGAGCUUUUCCUGAGCGCAGUAACAUAUCUGUCCUGGGUUUGGACCUCAUGGUCACAGAUUUGUCGGAUAGAUUUGUACAGUCUUUGCAGUCAAGAGUCCGAGACUCCAGAGGAUUCAGGGUGCGAAAGUCAGUUUCUGGCAAGCAAGAACUGUUGCGCCCUGUCGAUUCAGUGAUCAAGUACGGUUAUGUUGGUACCACAGUGCAUAGUUUGAUACUUUGCAGACGAGAAGCUUGUAAGCAACCAGUCGCACAUGGCCUUAUAACUGCAGAAGCAACUCAAUGCAGCGCUAUAAAACCAUCAAUG